CUCCCCUUAAGCCCAAUCAUCACCUCACCCUGCCCUACCCACCGGGCUGGGGCGCCGUGUGGCGGAGUACCCCAACUACCCAUCCACGGACCCCCACACCCCUGGAACCCUAUCUCUCAACCCACCCUCUACCCACUGCACCACCUCACCGCUCCUGCACAGGAACAACAGGCAUCAGAACUCAACCACCUGACGCACACACCCCAAAACACACGAAACCCUAUAACAACAAAACACCAAGAGCCAACUAA